AUGCUCGAAGCUUUGACGUCAGCUCCAAUAUUGUCUACGCCUGACAACCAUAUCUUGGCUGGAGUUGAGCCUGAUAUAGCUGGACGUUGGACGGAGGACCUGUCUGAGGAUCAAUUCAAAAUACAGUAUGAAAUUGAUCGAACAAUCAAAGAGAUCAAAGAGCGGAAAUGGAGACGGGUUGCGUUACAAUUCCCUGACCACAUGCUGACACAUUCUGCUCGGGUUUACCAGCUACUGGCACGAGGGCUUGAGCCAAGUGCAACAGACGGUCCGACGAUAUCAAAACCUGUAGAUUAUGUGCGGGAGCGUACCGAGUUACUGAAUCUGCGCGAACCGGAACCAACAACCAAGCUAACUAUUUUGGGUGAUACAUCCUAUGGUUCGUGCUGCGUCGAUGAGAUUGCUGCCGAGCAUAUAGAUGCGGACGCGGUGGUACAUUAUGGAAGGGCGUGUCUGUCACCAACUACUCGACUGCCGGUUCUACACGUUUACACACAGGCCGCAGCGAAUGAUGAUUCUGCUGUCGAAGGCUUUCUCGGUUGCUUUCCCGACCAAGAAAUGAAAGUCAUUGUGACGGCAGAUAUGCCAUAUGCCUCACACGUUCGUCCUCUAGUCAACAGACUAAUCAGGGCAGGAUACAGCAACAUAUAUGCAGCGGAGAUUGUGCACAACCCGUCCUCACUGCUUCCUAAUCGUACAGUACCAGGGGAGGUGUCCGCUGAUCCAUCCGAGCUAUCACAAUGGUACAUUUAUCACAUCGCAGAGCCUCCUACAGCCCUUCUGUUGACAAUGAGUUCUAAAGUUCGAGGCAUAUACAUUCACGACCCUAGCACGGAUAGCAAUAGUAGAGGACAAGCUGAGGAAGCGAGGACGGCCAUGUUGCUGAGAAGACGAUACGGACUGGUAACGUCGAUGAAUACAGUAUCCACCUGGGGUAUAUUGAUCAACACUUUGAGCGUCAAGAACUACCUGGAUGUGGUUGAGCACGUCAAGAGACAGAUUGAAUCAGCAGGCAAGAAAUCAUAUCUUUUUGUCGUUGGCAAAUUGAACGCGGCCAAGGUUGCCAACUUCUCAGAUAUAGGUGGUUGGGUAGUGAUAGGCUGUUGGGAAAGCUCACUGAUCGACAGCAAGGACUUUUUCCGACCGAUCUUGACGCCUUUUGAACUAGGGCUGGCUCUUGCGAGCGAUCAAACGAGAGUAUGGACAGGCGCAUGGCGAAGCGACUUCCAAGGGGUCUUGGAAGGCAGUCAACGCUCGAGAAGCGAUCACAACACACUAAGCCCAAAUGGCACAGCAGAUGGCGAGGACGGCAGUGAUGUCGACUCGGAGGAGGAAUCUGCACCGCCAGAAUUUGAUUUGCGGACAGGUAGAUACGUGUCUCAAACCCGACCACUGGAUCAACAGCGGCUGAAUGGUUUGAAUGGAAUCACUAGGUCACAAGCAUUAACUAAACGAGCCAAAGGUGAAAUUCUCGUAGUCAAUGGUGUCGCAUCACCAGCAGCUGAAUUUUUAGCACACAAAAGGACAUGGAAAGGACUAGGUAGCAAUUUCGAGGUUCAAUACGAGGAUGAGGAGGUUGAAGGUGCGCUUAUAGGCGAAGGGAGAUCCGGUCUUGCUCGGAGUUAUGCAGUCGGGCAAUCUGUAAGGACUUAA